GUAUUUUGUGCCUGCCUAAUAAUAAUUCUGAAACAAGGCCUCGCGCAAUUCGAUGGGAACCGAAUCGAGCAGUCGCAUCGCAAACCUUUGCGCGGCUGGACGCAUGUGCGAUGAAUUUUAACGUAUCAAGGAAUGAAGCGUCUUCCAGUAGUUGUCGUCUGCCUCGUUGUAUUUGUGGAUGUGACCAACUCUCGAGGCAGGAUAUCGACAGGUUCACGGAUCGUCUCGAAAAUGUUUUAAAUUCUCGCAAUGGAACCGAAGUCUUUCUAAAAUAUCUCAGGCAUAACAAUUUUGGAGAAUCAGUUAAGUGCGUCGAAUUCUGGCGGCUUUGUAAUGAAUAUCGCAUGGCUGAGCCAGGAGAAAAACCAAAGAUUUUGAUGGAUAUACAACAAGCUGCACAGGAUGUAGAUGAACUGGACUUUGUUGCAGUCGAAAGACUAAAUAACUGUGUCGAACAGGGAGUUGUGGAAGAGACAAACAAUUGUAUUAUCUAUUUACAAACGACUGUAAUACAUUUACUGAGGCAGGAUUAUGAUAAAUUUAGAGAUUAUUUGCUCAAAAAAAUAAAUAGGUGACCCCUUUCGAGAUUGUCUAUAUAAAGAGAUUUUUAAGAACUAAACAAGUGAUAACCGAGUUCAAGCUGCCUUCAAUUUCAAUUUAAGCAAAUAUGCUUAAAAAAUAUAUGUGCUACUUAUUUAUAGUAAAUAUACAUACUUACAUAAAAAAUUAUCUAGUCUUGUUUUGUAAUUUUGUAUUAUCUGCUAAAGUAGCAAGUCUAAAAUAAUAUAGC